AUGUUCCUCGAAAUCUUCACAGUCUGGCUCGGCCUCUUCUCUAUCGCUUUCACGUUUCUGCCCAUGUUCAUGGUGCUCGACUGGCGCAAACGUGGAAGUGCCGAAGGAUUCAGCUCGGUGAACUUUGUGCUCCCGAUGCUUGUGUUAGUGCCGCGUGGCAAUGAUGCAAACCGAACUCUCCGAUCUUUUAGACAAUCCUUCUGGCUCCGUCACGGAUUCAUGACUAACGAUCAGACAAACAUCAUCAUCAACUCUGUCAACCUCGUUUUCUUUGUGUUUUACAUCUCCGCAUUCGGCUACUAUCAGCCAAAGAGGGUGAGUCUCUUUUUUGUGACCUGUCAAAAAGUGCUCUUUCCAGAAGUACCUGAUUGGCCAACUCGUUUUUGCCGCCGUCGUCAUCAAGCUGGCCUUUGCCUACGUGGAUACUCACGAUGCGGACAAAUCAACGACGUGAUGGGCUCGAUGGCCGCCGGAGCACAGAUUUUCAGUUUGGCGGGUGGAAUCUACGAGAUUGUGAGCGAACAUCAUUCAUUCGUAAACCCUUUCGAAUCUGUCCAUUUCUAGAAGAGAGCCGUUUCGAUGGGCACCACCGAGUACAUCCCGGCCGGCUUCCAAUUCGCCAUUUUCACGCUCAUCGUCCAAUGGCUUCUCUUCGGAAUCCUGCACGGAAACCAGUUCAUUGCGGUGAGCAUAGCCACCCGUCAUUUUGUGCAUUCAACAAAGCGCUUUCAGAUUUCCAACGCCGCCGGUCUCCUCGUGAACAUCGCCACCAUCUCCCUGUACUUUUUCUAUCCGCCACUCACCUGGACUGUCCCGAUUUUCAACAUUCCCCCACAGAAGCAAGACGCUAAGAAAGAGUAG